AUGGACAAUCAAAGCACAGUGACAGAAUUCAGACUCCUGGGUCUCUCAAGCUUCCCAGAAAUGCAGCCGUUACUCUUCAUGAGCUUCCUGAUUAUCUACCUGCUGACCUUGGCUGGCAACCUCUCCAUUUGCUUGGCUAUCUGGGCGGAUACCACUCUCCACACUCCUAUGUACUUUUUUCUGGUCAACUUGUCUCUCUUAGACAUCUCAUACUCUUCUGUCACUCUCCCCAAUAUGCUAGUGACAUUGGUUGCCAAGAUUAAAUCUCUUUAUUUCUCCAAUUGCAUGGCCCAGCUGUACUUUCUCAUCUCCUUUGCUGGAUCUGAAUCUUUUCUUCUUGCCCUGAUGGCUUAUGACCGCUACAUGGCAAUAUGCCAGCCUUUGCACUAUGCAACCAUCAUGAACCACAGGACUUGUAUAUGCUCUGCCAUUGCUAUAUGGAUAGGUGGUUUUGUCUACUCAAUGUUACAUACGUUCUUCAUAGCCAGGCUACCUUUCUGUGGUCCCAAUGAAAUCAAUCACUUCUUCUGUGAGAUCCCUGCUUUGAUCAAAUUGGCCUGCAUGGACACCUAUUUUAAUGAGGUGGUGGUUUUUCUGCUCAGUGGAGCAGUAGCCCAGGGCAGACGCAAAACCUUCUCAACUUGUGCUUCCCACCUCCUCAUCGUCCUGCUGUUCUAUGGCCCAGGUUUCUUCACCCACCUCCACCCCUCCUCCAGCUACUCCAUGGACAUUGGGAAAGUGGUCUCUGUGUUUUACACUGUGGUCACACCCAUGCUGAACCCAAUGAUCUACAGCCUCAGGAACAAGGAUGUGCAAGCCGCCUUCAAGAAAGCCAUGGGAAGAAGUAGGAAAUAG